CCGUACAUGUGCAACAAUGAGUGUGACGCUCGCACGCCUGAGCUCGCACACCCGCCCGAGCUAAUGGUGGAUGAUGAGGGCCGGGUCCCAAACACCUUUUGGCAAAGUGUCUCAUGGAGGCAGUUCCCGGAGCCUCUGGUGGUCAAUCUGACCCUGUCCUGGGGUAAGAGCAUCGAGCUGACCGAGGAUAUUAUCAUCACCUUUGAGUCAGGCCGGCCAGAGCAGAUGGUGCUGGAGAAAUCGCUCGAUCAUGGACGAACAUGGCACCCAUACCAGUUCUACGCAGCUGACUGCAUCAGCUCCUUUGGCAUGGAAUCUCGGAGGGCGCGGGAUCUGAGUGUCGCUUCCGUUCUGGACAUUAUCUGCACUGAGGAGUAUUCUCGGGGCUAUGUGUGGAAGCUGGAGAAGACGGUGCGUUUUGAGAUCCAGGCGCGGUUUGCCCUGUUUGGGGGACCCUGGCUCCGUGAUAUGGCCUCCCUGUACAGCCGCUUGGACACUACCAAGGAGCUGAGGGACUUCUUCACUGUGACUGACCUGAGGCUGCGGCUCCUUCGGCCUGCUACUGGCCCCACCAGUGUCGACCCUCACAACCUCUCCAGGUACUUCUAUGCCAUCUCCAACCUGGACAUCAGGGGCAGGUGUAAGUGUCAUCUUCAUGCCAACAACUGUAUCUUGGAGAACGAGAGGCUGAGCUGUCAAUGUGAACAUAACACAACAGGCCAGGAUUGUGAAAGCUGCAGAAAUGGUUUCCAAGGGCGGCCGUGGAGAGCAGGCUCCUAUCUCCCUAUCCCCAAAGGAACGGCCAAUGUCU